UCUAACGUACUUCAGGGGGUCGUUCGUGAUGUUUUUAAAUGAUUAUUUUGAAUCAGUAAAGAAUUAAUUGGAUUGUAUAACAUAUAAAGAGACUCUUUCACUUCGGUAAAAGCUCUCGUUAAAACUAUGAGUGUACGUGAGUUCAGAUAAUAAUUCGCAUCAGUCGUUCCAUUUUUAAAUUAAUUGUUAACUAACGGCGCAUAACCUCGCUAUCGCGUUAUAAAAUAGUUUCAUCAAAUGUCUUUUAUCCCGAAAACGUAAUAAAGCAUACAGUUCAUAAAUAUGAAAGAGUUAGAAGACACACAUUGCGAGCUUCGCAAAAUCAUAGAAAUUCAGUCAUCAACAUGGGAGGGUCUUAACACAUCAGGUGGGGAUGAAUUGAGCCAUCCUUCAGGGUCCCAGACUGAUGAGGGGUCAGAAACGCCAAUUGGAGGCUUCUUGGAAGAUAUAAAUUACGCGUGGCUUGGUAGUGGCCCACGACUCGUUGUAAUCAAUAUAAGAACAGGUGAAAGUAUUGCCUCAUGGACCUUCCGUGAUAAAGUCAACUGUGUCGCACAGAUUCCCACACAACCUGGAGAAGUCUCAUUGCUUCUGGUCGGUUUAGACAAUGGUGCAACUAAGGCCAAAGAUUCUGCUGGAAUGGUUUGCAUCUUUGAUUGCUCCACUUCACGUGUCCUCAGAGCCAUUAGGAUGCCUGCCGGCGUUGAGCAAGUUUGUGUGAUUAAUGGUGGCGCCGAGUGGGAAGACGACAGUGAGAAAAGAACAUUUGAAAUCUUGAGCAAUAGUUCUGGUGUUGCAUGUGUAGUUCUUCGUAAUCUGUAUCACAUUAUACUGGAUUUGCGCCGAACGUUAUGGGAAGAAGAUACUUCCAUUCCAAGUACUAAUGAACUCAAUCCUACCGAUAUUGAGUUUUCCCAAAAUAAAUAUUCUUCAUCAUCUCGUCAUUCUGAUAAGGGAAAACAUUUGGCGUACAAUUUGUUACAUAAGGGUAUUGAGGAUUACAUACGCUUCAACAGAGAAGAGUUUGAAUCGUCCUCGUUAUAUGACGAGAAUUUAACAACGGCUCUAAUUCAUUCAAAAAAGAUAGGUUGUUUGAUUUCCGCAUGUCUAGGGAGGAUUAUAAUUUGGCAGAACGAUGGUUCACUUGGGUGGAUAAGUGCACCAGCUAAAAAAAAGAUGCCAAUCAGUCAUUUGGCUCUACUGGAGCCAACCGAUGAUCCAAGACCUUUCUAUUAUCUCUGGGUUGGCUACCAAGAAGAAUCUUUUGAAACAGCUCCUGUUCUCCAAAUGUAUGCAAUGCUAGUGGAACGUGAGUACUGCGAGACUGAAACAAAUCUGCAAUUCAAGUUGGAAGGUGAACCAAGCAUGAAAUUUGAAGUGCAAUUGGAAGCUAAUGAGAGAUUGACGAACCUAGUACCUAUAGAAAGGACAAAUAAUUAUGAGCAAAAUGUAACCAACGGUAAAAAGGGAGAAGAGAGCCUUCUACUCAUUGGUGUAACUGGCAGAAUGUUGUUAUUUGAUCUCGAUCAGUGGUACAAAGAACAAAUGCCACGAAACAUCCGAAAUUGUCAAAAUCCGAACAUCUUUUUAUCCAGUUAUCAAAUGAAGUCAGAGGCCUUAAAUCUUGCCGAGGAUGUCAUUCUGAAAUGUACAUACUUUCCUUUUAGUUUGAGAGAGUUUCCUAAUAAUGGAGGAAACUCAUCAGAGGAGCUCUUCUACCCCAAGUCGUUGUGUCUCGAUUGGAUAGAGUUAACGACUAACCAAUUAAGAAUUUGGAUGACUCGAGGUCUGCAAUGGGAAUUACUGCGAGAAAUGGCUAUCGCUGGACCCAGUAUCUUAAUUCAGCCCUCAGAAACUUUCCACAGAUGCCUUGCUGCUGGAUUGGUCCCAUUUAACACUGACUGCUCUUUUGACUGUAAUCAAAAUGCACAGAGAGAAAUGCUCCUCUCUCUUUGUCUGGAGCAAAGGUGGGCAUCAUUUUUGUUAAAAUGUGCCAAAGAAUGGGAAGAUGGCAGUGUAUCAUAUUUGUUUCCAAUGUUUUUGAAAUGGGGCGUACAAAGAGCUUCAUCUUUGAAAAUGGUGGCGGACCAGCUUUGCAUCCCUCUCUUCGACCAUUCUGGUUCCGCAAUUGGAGAGACAGAGAUCAAGUUAUUACGCUUUUGUUCUCAACAACUUGAGUGCUUAUCGAAUGUAGUCGCCAGAUUACCAAUUGAAACCAACGACUUUGUAAAGCAGCAGAGAGCUCUACGGCGUGUCGCUACUCAUCUGGGAGUCCUGCUUUGGUUUUAUGACGUCGGGCUAUUACCUGAAACACAUGAAAUUGAAGAAGAAGCAUUGCCAAUCACCUUUACGAUCCAGAUACCAUACCCGCAUGAUAGAUUGGCAGCAAUUUAUAAGCAAAAACGAGAACGAAUUAGAGCAAAUGCUAAAAACUGUGGGGAUUCUGAAGAAGAACUGUUCAUUGACGAGUUGAUGACACGAGAAUGUCAUUCUCUGAGGUCCCAGUGGGAACGCGAAAGUGGGGAUAUCACAACUGGCGGAUAUUAUCCUCCGCCAUCGUUGCAGUCUUUGUUACGAAGUUAUCUUCUGGAUUGCCACCAAAAUGGUUCAGACGAGAUGGAAAACAAACAUCAGAUCACAAUCUACUUAUUGAUGGAUCUUGUGAAACUAUUGCAAGGCUCCUGCCCAGACGUAGAUCAGUUGAUCAAGUAUCCUUCAGCGUUCAAAAUGAGUCCAAGUCUCAUAAAACUAACUCAAGCUUUCUGGUUACUUGAUCACGAAGAUUAUCAAGGUUUUUUGGAUACACUAACUGGCCAAUUGGUCUCAGAUUCGGACGUAAAGGAUUGGCAUCACAAACUUGUAAUAAGAACAUUGAUGCGCAAUAACGAAUAUAAACUAGCACUUACGUAUUUACGAGUGAGGAAGCCGCCUCUAUCGGCACUAGGUGAUCAAAGUACCAGCAUCAGCCUCUCGGUUGAAUGUGGUUUAGUUCAAACAGCUUUCCAUCAACGGCCACCUUCACACUACAGACAACUAUUAUCUUCUUUCUUCCAGGCAUGUAAGGCCUGUGGUAAAUUAAAUGAAAUUUUACACCUUGCCUUGGACCCUGAAGAGGAGGAAGCCUUUGUGAAAUUUCUUGAAGAGCAUAAAUCUGAAGAAACAAGGCUGCUGUACUAUUUACAAAGGUGUCGUUAUACCGAAGCUAGUGGUACCCAACAGUUCAAUCUCUCCAGAGGUCAUCCUAAAUAUAGUCAGUCCGCUCCACUGACAAUGGUGAAUGCUUACAACGCUACAUUACCUGCAGUGAUAAAAGCGUUAUCAUCAAAUAUAGGCAACAAAAAUUCAGAAGCUCACACGCAAAUGAGAUUCCCAAGACCAAUGUCGCACAGUCGCAGUCACAAUAAAACUCAAGGCAUUUACGAAGUGGUUAUCAAAAAGGCAAGAGAAACCUUUGUGAGAGGAGACAGUUGUAAGAUUCCAUUCAUAAGUGCACCUUGUACAUCUCUAAACCUAUUCAAUACGAAAACUAAUGCAAGCUGCAUACUCUUUCCUACUUUGGCAAUGAAAACUUCAGCAAAGAGAAGCUUGGAUCAAAUGACAGAAGACGAAAGUGAACAGCAAAAUUCCGAAGAUAACAAACGGAGAAAAUUGUACGAGGAAAAUGAAACAUCAGAUAAAUCUGGUAUGAAAACAUUCGGGUCAAACGUCGCCUUUGAAACGCCUCUCAUCGAAAGAAAAAAACCAAUGCUUGAUAGCGUACAACGCCAGACGGAGACACCACAUUCGAUUCUGAAAAUUCGUCAGCUUGUACCCAGUUCAACAUCACCAUCAACUUUAACACCUCGUAUUCUCAGUCAACAAAAUGAAGAAACAUCGAAAAGACUGGAGCGAAAGUCUGCUAGACAAAUUCGAUUUAGCAUCGGGCAGCCUUCUAAUGAUUCUAGUCACGAAGAGCGACUUAUCGGUACACCAAAUGAGACUGAUAAAGAUGACGCAUCAGAGGAAAGUCAAGAAUUAUUUUACAGUCCAAAUGUAAGUGGUAAUUCUCAAGAUAGCGAUUACAGCGUAGCAAGUAUCAGGGGCCCACGUCCUCGACCUAGUCUCAGAAGUGUUAACUCAUCUUCAAACGAAUCACUGCUACAUACCAGAAAUUUGUUGCAUAGAAACGACGGUCAACUUACACCUUCCAUGCAGACCACCAGUGAGCUCUUAGCAUUGCCUUCAAAGCCAAUAGAUCAAUCUUCAAUUCUUAUGACAUCGAAGUUACAUUCGCAAGAAGAAGCCUCUACUUUGGCGCCAUUACAAUGUUUUUCAUCUCCAAUUAAUCGAUAUUCAAUGUCAAAUGAGUCCAGAUACAGUUCUCGUAUUUUGUCAUCAGACAGCAGCUUCAUUUCAACACCUGGUGUCAUUUCUCCUGAGGGUGUAGCCGCAAGAGAGACAAAGAUUAAACUAAGUCCUUCACGAAUACGAACAUCAAAUGAUUACAGUAAAAUAGACAAUGCCAUUCACGACUUUGGAAGGAGGGAACUGUCUACAGAAAACACUCAGUCUAUUACUGUAACUCGUUCAAUUUUAAAGAAAACUACCUUUGUUGAAGAUGUUGGUGAUAGCACAGAGGACGAAUCCGUAAUAGCAGAAAUUGAUGAUCCUGGCUUGGAUCACGAGCCUGAAGUCUGCUUCAUAGCUACGAAAAAAGAAGAGAAAAAUAAUGUACGAAAAUCUAAUGAUAGGGGUACCCCUAAAAAUCGUAAGAGUGAGAAUAUAGACAAGAUCGGUGUUACAUUUAAUAUUAGUACAGACAAGCAAAUCCAAAGGGAUGAAAGCAAAUUAGAAGAUGGCAAAAACGAGUAUCCUUUGCGAGAUCAUCGUGAAUCUCAGAGUGGUGACGGUGAAGCUAAUCAGCAAGAUGAAAUCGAUGAAAAUAUGUAUGAUUCUAAACCUGAAUUACGGGGUCUGAAAGAUGACCAGGAAGAUGAAGAUGAAGAAUGCUUUCACAGUUUGAGAAAUUCUGCCGCUAGUGUUACAGAGAGACAGGAUAGUGGAAUGGUCAUCAACGCGCAACGUGAUCUAGAUAGCAAAGUUGUUCAUGCAGAGAUACCGGUACUAUCGAUGCAUUCUGCUGCUGAGUAUUCUAACAUUACCGAAGAUGAAUCUUCAAAUGAUGUCAUUGAUGAAGUACCAAUGAAACAAUCACAGUCUAGCUUGGAGAAUCAAAAGCUUGUCACAAAUUCCAUUGCCAGUAAUCAACUAUUGGCGUCAUCCAUGCGAAUUGUAGAAGUGAAUGAGUCGAAUUUUACCGAAGACGAAUCGGUUGACAGUAGUAUUGAGAACUUUGAAUUGAUUGCUGAUGUCUCUGAACCAGAGGAAGAUAUCAAGAAAGAUUUGCAACGAAAAAAUGAAAGUAAAAAUUUGGCACCUGUUGACCCUAAAACUCAAUCUCCCAGUAAAAACCAUUUCAUGACUGAAGUUUCUGCAAGUCCCACUCAAACAAUUGCUGCUAAUAAUGACAAUUCCGAAUCUGAUUCUACUUCAGUUGUGCAAAAUUUGGAUAUGUGUGGAUCAGUAGAAACUGAAACUGAUGGCAGUAAGUCGACAGGCCAACACAGUGAAAGACAUUCUCCACAGAAUUGCCAUUACGAUGAGGGACAAACAUCUGCAAAUUUUAUCAGGCAAGAGUCAAAGAGUCCAACACCCAUGAGGAUGACUAGAGCUCGCAGAGCAUCUUCAGCCACAAAGGAGGUCUUAGUGUCAACUGCUGCUACUUUGAAUUUGAAAACGUCAAACACCGUUGCAACGGAACCUCUGCCAAGUUCUUUACAAUCGGUUGACGAAGAUCAUACAAUUACCUCAGAUACGACCAACCGAAGCAAUACUGUCAAACCAAAAAGAAGCAACAAAAGGGCAGCUUCGGUAGAUAAAGAGCUAUCAUUAUCAUCGGUAAAAUCUGGAGAUGUUCCAUCAAACAAGGCUGUAGUACCCUUGAGAAGGAGUUCUAGACGAGCUGCAUCUGUCCAAAAAGAGAUGUCGACUAUAGCCGAAAUCUCUCAUGAAAAUGUUAAGCAUCCUUCCACUUCUGAGACCGAUUUAACCAUUGAGUCAAAAUCAACCAACAAGAAAUCCCAAAGAUCACGCACAGCAAGUUAUACUGGUGAAGAUAGUGGCGUGUCUGUACCAGCUAGGUCGCGCAGGAGCACAUCUGUUACAAAGGAAUCUGCGGCAGAAGCGCUACCUUCAAAUAAAGUAGUGACAAGAAAACGUGGUAAUUCUGUACCUAAAGAACUAUUAGAAACACCAAAAAUGAAACGAGCUCAUUCUGCUAUAAAAGACAUUAUCAAUGAACAGAACACAAAGUCCCCCGUUUCGUCAAGAAAAGCCAUAUCAUCAACACUAAUGCGAAGUAGUGAAGAAGCAGCUCUUAAUAGUCCGGCAAAAAAUACUAGAAGUCGGCGAUUGUCUGUCCAAUCGAUCCCAGAAGAAGAUGAGUCAAUAUUGAUUACUCCAGUUCGAGACAGAUCUUUUUCCAAUGUAUCGGAGAGUGCAAAAGUGCCCACACGUGGGAAAGCAAGAGAAAGGAGAGCAGCUAGCUUGGAGCCAUUGAAAUCUGAAGUGAAGAGGAAGACCAGAAGUGCCCUUACAAAGUCUGUUGUAACUGAAGAAACUAUUAGUGAGGAAUUUACCGAAGAAGUUUUGGAGCAGAAGUCUAAACCAGCAAAAAUAACGACUAGUCGCAAAAGAACGGAGUCUACGGCAAGUAAUCCUGAAGAAAAUAAUCCUGGAGAGCCGAGAUAUGGCAGAAAAACUGCUCGAUCAAAGAGUGAAGAUAGUGAUGUCUUUUUAUUCUCUCCACCGGAUCUCACAUCCGAUCCCCCAAACAGCCAGCACAAUGUUGAAAAAGUUGAGCCAUACGUAUUUUCUCCUCCUCAUACCAGAUCGAGACAACCUGUGCUCAGUAUGAAAAUAAAAGAUUUCGUCUCACCAUUGGUUACAGCAGAAGGUAGUGAUCUGCCAAGUCGGAAAAGCAGUAAAAGAGUGGUAGGAGCUGCAAAUUCCGAAACUAAAUUAUUUGCAUCAAGGAAAGUGUUUGUGCAUACUAAGAGGACGAGAAAACCAUCUUCAUAAUGUGUUUACUUUAUCCCUGAAGUUUAAUAAUCAGACAUCAGCCAUAAAUAUAUUCAUAAGUGGUUGAAGUAAAGUAAUGCACUGUGGAUAUACAUAAGGUUACAUAAGGUUACAAGUGACAUUUUUUUACGUCAUGAAUAUUCUAAAAUUGUCACAAAUUUGAUUGAGAUGGAAAAUCUGGAAUAAUGAGCCAUCUAAUUUAUUAAUAGAACCGAAUCAAUACAGGGUCUUGAAGUCUCUUCCGAGCCUUAUUUUUGGUGUCAUGACAAUUGAUAAUUGUGACUAGUGUUAAAGUGUCGGUGAAUUUUGUCUGACAGGUACUUUAGGGGGGUAGUUUUUUGUUUCACGUCAAGAUAAAUACUUUCAAAAUUGUAUAUAUAUUAUGGAAAAAUUCAGGUAAAUCCAUGAAAACCGUUUUAUUUUUUAUGCUACAUGAACAAUCGUUAUCAAUAAUCCCCCAAAGUUUCAAAUACGAAAUCUGAUAGCCUGAUUCCGCUUAUGAUAUACUAAGAAUAAGAAUCUUCUUAUUGUACUAUUUUCACUAUUCGUUAGAUAUGUUCAUUAAUUAUAACAUGAUAAAUAUCGCCGUUUCUUUUUUCGAAGAUUGACAACAUUUUACCUCUCAAGUAUCAAGUUUAAGCCAUGGGAAUUGGACGUAUUGUAUAUGAUUAAUCAAUUUAUUCUUUUUUGGAAUUAGAAUCUAAGAUGGAAUAUCCUGAUGGUGAAACAAGACUGCAGUUUUCGUAUAACUAUACAUGGAAGGAUUUCGACUCAGCUGUAUUCUUGUCAAUUCUAUAAUGUUUACUUUUUUUUGGAAUAAAAAGUUAUUUUUUAACCCAACAGUAUUUCAUGGCGUACGAUUUCUGAUCUUCAGUUGGUUUCAGCUGCUAUGUCAAUUUCAUGGUCACUUAUGUAAUAAAAUGUUUUAUGCCUUUGUACUAUACGGAUAAUUAUGUACUUCUUUGAUUCAUUGUAUGGUAACAAUUAUGUAAAAAAAUACAAAAUUAUGUUCGUUAA